AUGGUUUACAUCAUAUUUCGUAACGAUGACGGAUUUUUUGGAAAUUCUCGAACUUUUCUGUCUCAACUCCCCAAGCUUUCUGUAAAGUCGGAGUACAAGUGCUGUUUGUUCAUAAAAGACACGUCUGAUUGUAAGUUCUUCGCGUAUUGUACAAACUGGAAUUUAAUUUUGGCAUUCUCUCAAUUUGUUAUCGUCUUUUCGUAUUUUAGGCUAACAUCACUGUUGUUAUUAUGGUUAAAAUAAAUGUUAAAAUAUUAGAUCAGUCCAAAGAAGACCUGUCUUGACAGUGUUUACUUGAUCUUCACGUGAACUCAACUUAAUUUCGAACUGCGCACCCAAUUAACACCUAAAAUGAGGUAAUUUUUUUAGUUGUUUUCCCUCGGGUCAAAGUGCAAUCGCCUCUGAUCGAAAGAGCCACGAGAUGGAAGAGAACAAAAUGA